AUGAAGCGCUCCUCCUUUGACGCAGAGCUUGAUCCACGGCCCCAAGACCGUCGCCACUCGGUCGUUCCUCCAGAGCGAGCUCCUGCGCCGAAAAUCUCCAAAGCCCGUGCCUGCGCGGAAUGCAAACGUCACAAAAUACGCUGCGAAUUCCGGCCGGGCGAUGUGAGCUGCACCAAGUGCCUUCGCAGUGGGAUCAAAUGCGUAGUAAACGACUUUUCGCAGAAAUUCGUUGAUGACGAUGGAGUAUGGAAAUCACGAGCAUCUGCCACGAUUCAACAGCUACAGGCCGCAGUGUCACAGCUUCUCCGCCAAGGUGGACUCCCAGAUCUCUCAACAUAUCCAGUUAGCGAAAGCCCGAAUGGCCCUUCCCCCGUUACGCCUGCAUUUCAUGUCGGAAACCGCCCUUUGGUGAACGAAUCCCCGCCGGACGUGAAACCCGACGGACCGGGGCUCGUGGUGACACGAGAGCCCUCACAGGAACCGGACCUUCAGGAUCGAGAAUUGGUGCCAGCCCCAAUGCGCAGUCUUUACGAGGUGACAAAACUGCGCGACUUGCGCAACAAUCACAUUGAACAACCAAAGUCAACUUUAUUGGAGGAAGACUUCCUCUCUCGUGGUCUUAUCUCUCUCCAGGAGGCCGAGGAACUCUUUGCGUAUUUCAGCCGAACAAUGAACCAGCUAUUAUGGGGAGGGAUCAUUUUAGUACACCGUGAUCUCACAUCCGUGCGGAGAGCGUCGACUUUGCUAGCAGCCGCUGUCCUCACUGUGGCAGCGCUACAUAUACCAAAUCGCAACGAUACAUUAACUAGAUGUUACAACGAGUACGUCUCGCUGGUAUCGAGCAUGUCACUAACGCGCUCCCAUACUCUGGAUGAUGUCCGAGCACUCUGCGUUGGCGCAUUCUGGCUCUCCGAGUUGAGCUGGAAGCUCUCGGGUCAUGCCGUGCGCAUCGCUACAGAGCUCGGUCUUCAUCAAAGCUAUCAGAAAAUGAUUCGCGGUCACAGCGACCAGUAUGAGAGAGCCCAACUGUGGUAUUUGCUUUACGUCUGCGAUCAUCACUUCAGCAUCGCAUACGGUCGCCCACCAGUGAUACACGAGGACCUGGCGAUCAAGAACUACGAAACAUUCCUUCAAUCCUCAAUGGUUGUGCCUGGGGACAUCAGACUAAUAGCGCAGGUAGCCUUGUUUAUGAUCCUCACAGAGGCGUAUCGAAUGUUUGGUAGCGAUACUGAGCAGGCUUUGACGGAGGAGGAUUUUGGGCAACUACGCGUCUAUAAUGUGGCCAUUGAUCAAUGGCGACUGCUAUGGCAGCCACGAUCUGCCGACAGCCCUUAUGUCCGAACUUACCCUUCGAAAGGUGUGGUCCUGCAUUACCACUUUGCCAAAUUCCAACUCAACUCCCUCUCUCUCCGUGCCCUAUCUCCUACCAACACACCUGUCUUCUCGAUGGACCGUAAGGAGUCGGCAAACAUCGCCAUCUCGUCUGCUAUGGCCUGUCUGAACAUGGUACUAGAGGAACAGGAUAUCCGGGAUGCGAUCGUUGGGGUCCCCAUUUUCACUCAUACCAUGGUCACCUUUUCUGCCGUCUUCUUGCUAAAGGUCGCCGUCAAUUGGAACUCAGCCUAUCUGAGCCUUGACAGUGCCCAGGUGCGGGGCUUGGUGGAGCGUGUGAUUGACCUGUUGAACUGCGUCUCUGCUGGCGAGAGGCACUUGACGAGACACAUUGCUCGUGGUUUGAGCAAGAUGCUGGAGCGGUUUGAUGCCUGGGACGUGUCGAAUGGAGCACCCGCUGGAGCAAUAGACAGACUGGGGAGCGGGAGCGGCGUGCCUGGCGGCGCGAAUGCGAUGGCACAAGGGUUCCCGCCUCCAGAUCUAAUCUACGACAUGGUAGGAACGUAUGGGUUCGGACUGGAUGAGAAUCUUCUUGACCCUAGCAUGGCCAACUUUGAGUUUUUGGCGCAAUGA